UUUCUUACCGUGUCUUAAGUCUUAUAACAAUCGUUUCUGUUUCAUUCCCUUUCGAUUUUUUUUCUUCCUCAAAUUCCUGUCUCUUCCCUUUGUGUUCAUGUUUCUGUGCUUCUCUUUUGUAACUGUUACUUCUCACUUUCAUUAGAAAAACUCAUCAACCUCUUUCAUUUCUUCAAUACCCUUCAAUUUCCUUUCUUUCUUUCAGCAUGUCUCAGACUAACUGGGAAGCUGAUAAGAUGUUGGAUGUUUACAUCCAUGAUUACCUUGUGAAGAGGGAUUUGAAAGCUUCUGCUCAGGCUUUUCAAGCUGAAGGGAAAGUGUCUUCUGAUCCUGUUGCUAUUGACGCUCCGGGAGGAUUUUUGUUCGAGUGGUGGUCGGUUUUCUGGGACAUAUUCAUUGCCAGGACGAACGAGAAGCAUUCGGAAGUUGCCGCGUCUUAUAUCGAGACACAGUUAAUUAAGGCCAGGGAGCAGCAGCAGCAACAGCAGCAGCAGCCACAACCUCAGCAAUCACCACAUCAACAGCAGCAACAGCAACAACAACAUCAGAUGCAGAUGCAACAGAUGCUGUUACAGAGGCAACACCAGCAGCAACAGCAGCAACAGCAACAGCAACAACAGCAACAACAGCAGCAGCAGCAGCAGCCGCAACAUCAGCAGCAACAACAGCAGCAGCAACAGCAACAGCAACAACAGGGUAGGGAUAGGGCUCAUCUCUUGAAUGGCGGUGGUGCAAAUGGAUUAGUUGGAAACCCUAGCACUGCAAAUGCUAUAGCAACAAAGAUGUAUGAGGAAAGGUUAAAACUUCCUCUUCAAAGGGAUUCUUUGGAAGAUGCUGCAAUGAAGCAAAGAUUUGGAGACCAACUCUUGGAUCCAAAUCAUGCUUCAAUACUAAAGUCUUCUGCAGCUACUGGCCAGCCGUCAGGGCAAGUUUUGCAUGGUGCUGCUGGUGCGAUGUCUCCACAAGUUCAAGCUCGUAGUCAGCAACUACCAGGGUCUACUCUGGAUAUAAAAACUGAGAUCAAUCCUGUAUUGAAUCCCAGAGCUGCGGGUCCUGAAGGAUCAUUGAUGGCAGUUCCUGGAUCAAAUCAAGGUGGCAACAAUUUGACUCUGAAAGGGUGGCCACUCACAGGUUUGGAGCAUCUACGUUCUGGUUUACUCCAGCAACAAAAACCUUUCAUACAGAGUCCACAGCCUUUUCAUCAACUUCCAAUGUUGACACAACAACAUCAGCAACAACUUAUGUUAGCUCAGCAAAACCUGGCAUCACCAUCUGCCAGUGAUGAUAGUAGAAGACUCAGAAUGCUACUGAAUCCUCGAAAUAUGGGCGUAAGUAAGGAUGGCCUUUCAAAUCCUGUUGGUGAUGUAGUAUCAAAUGUUGGAUCGCCCCUUCAAGCCGGUGGUCCUCCAUUUCCUCGUGGGGAUCCAGAUAUGUUAAUGAAGUUGAAACUUGCUCAGUUACAACAUCAACAACAGCAGAAUGCCAAUCCACAGCAGCAGCAACUUCAACAACAGCAUUCUCUUUCAAAUCAGCAAUCACAGUCUGCAAAUCAUAACAUGCAUCAGCAAGAUAAUAAAGUAGGGGGAGGUGGUGGCAGUGUAACUGGAGACGGUAGCAUGUCAAACUCCUUUAGAGGAAAUGAUCAGGUUUCCAAAAGCCAGCCUGGAAGAAAGAGAAAGCAGCCUGUAUCUUCUUCUGGUCCUGCCAAUAGCUCAGGAACGGCUAAUACAGCAGGACCAUCGCCGAGUUCAGCACCCUCAACUCCCUCAGGCUCAACUCACACGCCUGGUGAUGUGAUAUCAAUGCCUUCUUUACCUCAUAAUGGUAGUUCUUCUAAGCCAUUAAUGAUGUUUAGCACUGAUGGCAAUACCUCACCUUCAAACCAAUUGUGGGAUGAUAAGGAUAUUGAAUUGCAGGCAGAUGUGGACCGCUUUGUAGCAGAUGGAUCUCUCGAUGACAAUGUUGAGUCUUUUUUAUCACAUGAUGAUACCGACCCUAGAGAUCCAGUUGGACGUAUGGAUGUAAGCAAAGGUUUCACAUUUUCUGAAUUAAAUUCAGUUCGUGCAAGCACAAAUAAAGUUGUUUGUAGCCAUUUCUCAUCCGACGGAAAAUUGCUUGCAAGUGGUGGUCAUGACAAAAAGGUUGUUUUAUGGUACACAGAUUCUCUAAAGCAGAAAGCUACCCUCGAAGAACAUUCACUUUUAAUCACUGAUGUCCGUUUCAGUCCAAGCAUGCCUCGUCUUGCAACAUCUUCAUACGACAAAACUGUCCGGGUUUGGGAUGUUGACAAUCCUGGGUAUUCGCUUCGUACCUUCACUGGGCAUUCUGCAGCUGUUAUGUCACUAGACUUUCAUCCUAAUAAAGAUGACCUUAUCUGCUCUUGUGAUUGUGAUGGCGAGAUAAGAUAUUGGAGUAUUAACAAUGGCAGUUGUGCUAGAGUGUCAAAGGGUGGCAUGGCACAGAUGAGAUUUCAACCUCGUCUAGGGAGAUUCCUUGCUGCAGCUGCAGAGAACGUUGUCUCUAUACUUGAUGUUGAGACACAAGCAUGCCGAUAUUCUCUAAAGGGUCACACAAAGUCAAUACAUUCUGUUUGUUGGGAUCCUUCUGGAGAGUUCCUGGCAUCUGUCAGUGAGGACUCUGUCAGGGUUUGGACUCUUGGAUCCGGGAGUGAAGGGGAAUGUGUUCAUGAGCUUAGCUGUAAUGGAAAUAAGUUUCACUCGUGCGUUUUCCAUCCAACGUAUUCUUCACUGUUGGUCAUUGGCUGUUACCAGUCAUUGGAGCUGUGGAACAUGACCGAGAACAAGACGAUGACUCUAUCUGCUCACGACGGUCUUAUUGCUGCACUGGCCGUUUCAACUGUAAACGGUUUGGUUGCUUCUGCCAGUCAUGACAGGUUUGUCAAGCUCUGGAAGUGACCCUGACCUGGCCGGUGCACCGUUGUUGUACAAUACAAUGUUGUUUUUUUUUUUUUACAAGUGUUGAUUAUAACAUGUAUGUACUUCAUUCCCCUUUUAUGUUUUUGGUUUUUGCUUCAUCCACCAACCUCCCUCUUUUUCUAUGUAACAAUAGAGUCUAACCUUUGUAACAUUAUUACCAUUCUUGUUUACUUCGGAGAUUCAUGUUUUUGUAUCCUCAAAUUGGACAUUAUAAUAUUAUUAUGUACCUUUUUCCCGCUUAUCUCAAA